GCCCAUGGUCUCAUAUUGCUGUGGAUUUUGUCACUGGCCUGCCACAGUCUGGGGGUAAGACGGUCAUACUUACCAUUGUGGAUCGAUUCUCUAAAAUGAUUCAUCUCACAGCCCUGCCUAAGCUACCCACGGCAGCGGAAUUAAGUCAAGUUUUUUUGAGAGAAGUCUUUAGACUUCAUGGUCUACCUAAAGACAUUGUGUCAGAGGUCCACAGUUCAUCUCAAGAUUUUGGAAGGAGUUUUGUUCAAUGUUGGAUAUAAAUCUAAGUCUCUCCUCAGGAUUUCACCCCCAGACUGACGGCCAAGCUGAGAGAGCCAACCAGGAGUUGGAGACCCAUCUGAGAAUUCUGUGUGAGGAUGACCCAACAAAGUGGUCCGAAAACCUCUCCCUGGUGGAACACGCCAUCAAUGUCCUGCCAUCUAGUGCCACUGGUCAUUCCCCCCUACUAUAUAGUGUAUGGAUUCCAGCCACCGGUGUUCACCAUCCACGAGCGAGCUGCCCAGGUACCCUCAGCCCACCGUUCUGCUCUUCGCUGUCAGAGAGUCUGGAGAAAGGCCAGGAAGGAACUGGUGAAGUCCUCUCUGGUUACUACCAAGACGGCCAACAGAAGAAGAGUCCCGGCUCCACAGUACAAGGAGGGGGAUCAAGUGUGGCUGUGUACGAAGGACCUACCUCUGAGAAUCGAAUGUCGCAAGCUCGCUCCUCGCUUUGUGGGCCCAUUCCCCAUCUCUAAAGUYGUGAACCCGGUGGCGGUCAGACUCAGACUCCCUGGUUCCAUCAGGGUUCAUCCUACUUUUCAUGUGUCCCGGGUCAAGCCCCUGGUCCAGUCAAGGUUUACGCCCUCCUCCA